CAAAUAAGAUUCACCUAUGAAACUAUUGUCAAUUGAUGCAAAAAUACGGAAAAAAAAGUUUUACACCAUCAGUUAGAUUUAAGAUCGCCAAUGACAUUUAUCUAGACUUGAAUCAAUUUUGAACAAAAAGUUUUUAUUCAUUAUUACCUUUAUUUUAUUAGCUAUGGAUUCAUGUUAAGAAUCAUUUUGUUUGACACACUUUAAAUCAAAUGAAAACAAUUUUUUUUUGUUUUAUUUCAAAAAUGACUCGAAUUCGCCAUCUGCUGCAUAUUUUUGCAAUCAAUUCAUUCACAAUAACAGUGUGGCCAUAUAACAUCUGACAGCUUCAUCAUGAAUCAUUCUAUCGUAGUGUGAAUAUAAUUGACAUUCUAUCGAUUCACACCAGAUGAAAAAAAAUCAAUAUAAUAUAACUUCGUAUUACAUUACUACAUGUUUUUUAUCUAAAAUUGUUUAAAUUAUAAAGUUUAUGAAAUAAAAUCGUAAAAUGUCGGCUGCAUAUUGGAAAUUAUUGUACUCUAUCAUCGAAAAUGACAUAAAGUGCAAAGCAGAUAUUAUAAUUGCAAUCGCUCAUUGGCUUUUGGUGGAUCGAGCCAAUUUGGAAUGUCUAGGUUUAGGAGAAGAGAAAACAUUACGAGCAAAUGAAGUGUCCAACGGUAACGUAAAGCUGCCAAACAAUUGGAAUGAAAACAGUUUCGACUAUUCACUAAGAUAUGUGCUUGAUGGAAAAGUCUAUGUAUUGCACGGCAUGGUACCUGUUGAUGAAUCGAAGCUUACAUUGUCUUUUUCGACAACUGAAGAAGAACCGGUUGUAUUGGACGUUGAUCUGAAUCAUGUACGUCAAUUAAGAGGAAGUUUGCCGACUUUAGUUCCAGAUUGGAAGACUGUUUUUAGCAUCUUACGUGGUUUUCACUCAAUCGCACCUGCACAGAAUCGCCGUACAGAUGUUAGAAAUGAGGUCACACAUUACUCUCGCGAUUCUUUUUCUGGUUAGCUAACUUCGGAAUAAACUUUACAUUCGAUCCGAGCAAUUCGUGCUAAAACUCCCUUUGCGAACAAUUUCAACAAACUUCAUUUAUGGAUCGAUUUUUUUUAUAUGAUUUUUAUUUUAAUCAGUAUUUUAAAAACUACUUUUAAUUUCUAAUGAAAGCUCCAGUGCGAACUCAUUGAUUUGGGACAAUGAAAUCUGAAUGAAAUUUAUGCCUAAUAAAUGGCAAAUUCCAUCAAUCAAUCAAACACUUGCUUUCGCUAUUUUGUAUUAUUUUUAGUAAAAAAAAAACAAUUUUUCCAAUUAUAAAGCAUUGUAGUUUGUACAAAUAUAUGAGGUAUCUCACCUCUAAUAAUUCAGGGGAUAAUAUUUUAUUGUAAGAAGAUGAAAAAUCAUAAAUUGAAAUAUUUGCCAAUGAAAAUCCACUGAAAUCAUGUUCUUUUUUAGUCUUCGCACAAUAAUUUUUGUUUAAGUUUUUUAAAAAUUGAAAUUCUCUUAAUAAAUCGCAGUGAAUACAAUUUGUAAAA